AUGGCCCUGAUACCCGCUCAAUCGCCCGCUCCUCCCGCUCCUUCUCCCCGUCCUCCUCGCUCGACUGCACCGUUGAAAGAGUCCCGCAGGCUCAUUGCGGACGCGUACACCAUCUUUGCCUCUCUUCAGCGCAUCGUCGCACAGUACGAGCAAUCGGCUCAGUCGCUCUUUGGGGUGGCAGGAGGCGGAGUGCCGCCGCCUGAACAGGUGCAGUACUAUGCGAGGGUCUGCAGGCUGUAUAGCGACGCGCUGGUGAAGCAGCUCCCGCUCAUCAAAAAUGACUCAGCCCUCUCGGCCAGCGCCAAGUCGAAGUCGCUCGCCCACCAUGCCGCCAUGCACAACGUCCUCGCGCUCGCCGAGAUCCUCUACUUCCCUACAGACGGACGAGGAGAAGGACUCGUCGCGGAGGAGCUGUUGGACUGGGUGAAUACGAUUGACCGAGCUCCAUCGACUGAGGAAGGCAACGAACUGCUCUCGCUAGCCUCGCCGUGGGACUCGCCCGCCUUCUUCCCCUACCUCACCCGCUGCCUGAUCCGCGGCCACCUCUCCUCCGCCUCCGCCCUUCUCUCCCUCCUCGUCAACCAGCACCCUUCGCCUUACCUCCAGUCCCUCGCCUCCGAUCUCGUCGGCCUGAUCGAGACCUGCCCGCGCUCGACCGCCUACCGAACCGAAAACGCCUUCGCUUCAGCCAUGCGAUCAUGGAAGUCGACUCACCUUCUCCCUACCUCCCGACGCAUCGAGGCUGGCUUUGACGGCGGACAAGGGUCUGACGACCCGGUCCUCGGCGGACCUGACAACGAGGACGAGCUGCUCACCUAUGAGCAGUCCUUCCGUUCACUCCUCGCCAUCUUCUCCGGCUCAGAAGACGACGUCCUGGAAGCUUCGUCUGACUGGCGCGAAGCGUUAUCCGCAUUCGGUCUCUGGGUCGCACCCACCUCUCUCCAUCGCACCGACCUCCCCGCCAUCGUCUCGCGCAUCACCUCGUCUCUCCACCCCGUCGACCAGUCCCUCUCGGACGAAGUAGCCCAGUCGCGUCUCUUGGAGGGCGACGUGAGCGGCGUGAUCAAGUCCCUCGUCGAAGGCGGAUUCGGCUGGCUCGCGACGCACCUCGCCGACCUCCUCUCGCAUCUCCACCUGCAAGCCUUCGACCUUCCUCCUCCUCGCCCUGCCACUGCUUCCGCCCCCGAAGACGAAGAAGAAGAACUCGGUUUGCGCGACCACCUCCUCAUCGACUAUGCCGAUCGCCUCACGGUCGAUCCAGGCUUGUGGCGUGUGUCGUGCGAGUAUUACGCGAGUUGUUCGGCUGGUGUGAAGAAGGGACGGGAGAGGGCGAGGGAGUUGAUCGGGGGUUUAGAGUUGGAGGGUCCGGGGGAUGUGGAUCUGCAGGGAGAGGCGAAGGAUGUGGGCAAGGAGGCGGAGGGGAUGGAUGUGGAGGGUUCGACGCCUGACGGAGGGGAGGAGAAGGAGAACGUCCCCGCCUCAACCAGCAAGCGGUCGAAGCGAGUCGACGAGCUCCUGCUCGUCUGCUCUGCGCUCGACCUCGACGACGAGUUUGUCGAUAUCUGCCAGCGGUACUCGGACAAGGUUGUUGAGGAUCAGAAGAGGGGCGAGAAGCGGUUUGGGGAGGCGGUUGCGUAUGCGGUCAGGGCGGGAGAUGGGAGGAGGGUGGCGAGGAUUGCAGAGAUGGUGGGCGAGGAGUACGUGAACAAGGAUCAAUCCGCGUUCGUCAAGGCAGUCGACUCGCUUCCGACUUCCCUUCUGCGCCCCGCAUCCUUCGCAAACGACGACGCCGAGCUCCCCUCGACACUCAACUCGCCCUCCGCCUUCUCCCUCUCGCACCUCCCCUCUCACACCUUCGACUCCCUCCGCCCGAUCCUCUCACACCUCUCCUUCCUCGCGCGCUACCGAGACUUCAUGGCGCUCUACGCUGUCCCGAAUCAGCGGAGGGAGGCGGCGGAGUUGUUGGUGCUGCUGCUGACGAGCGGGAUUGCGCCGAGGAAGUGGUGGCCGGUGAUGCUGCUCGACAGUGUGCCGUUGCUCGAGACCUCUCCGCCGCUCAUCACCCUCGCCGAGACCUUCGAGCUCCUCCGCAUCCUCGAAGACAUACUCGCACCCAUCGCCUCGUCCUCUCCACUCUCCGACGUCUUUGGAUCGCUCGACUUGCUCGGACGGUUGACGGAACAGGGGAAGCAGGAAAAGGCUGGGAAGAAGAAGGAGGAGGACGAGGCGGAGCGGUUGAAGAGGGCUGUGGGACAGAUGGAGGUCGUCCGAGGAGCGUUGGCGAGACACCUCGCCGUGUGUUCGUGCCUCGAGUAG